AUGGGCAUACUUGACUCGAAAGCAGACAACCGAACAUUGGCAUCCAAAAAGACAACUAGUGCUGUAUUAUCCAGGAAGAAGCCUUUUGCUAAAUUUGAAUUGACAGAGGAGCAGAAAGCUGACAUCAAGGAGGCUUUCGAUCUCUUUGAUCCCGAUGGUACUGGUAAGAUAGCAACUAGAGAGCUAAAAGUUGCUAUUCGAGCUCUUGGAUUCGAGCCCACCAGAGAGGAGAUAAGGAAACUCAUUGCUCACACUGACCCCGAUGGUCUUGGAAAAUUGUCCUUUGAAGAAUUUUUAGAAAUAAUGGCUAGCAAGAUGUCAGAGAAAGACGCCAAAGAAGAGGUACUGAAAGCUUUUCAACUGUUCGACGAUGAUGGCACAGGUAAAAUAACAUUUAAAAAUUUAAAAAGAGUCGCUAAAGAAUUGGGAGAAAAUUUAACCGAUGAAGAACUGCAAGAAAUGAUCGAUGAAGCAGACAGAGAUGGGGAUGGAGAAAUAUCCCAAGAAGAAUUUCUCAAAAUUAUGAAAAAAACUUGUUUAUAUUAGAUUAUUUUAAGCUAUCUUUAGAAAAAUAUGUAACUUUUCUUUAUUUUUAUUGAACACAGAAUAUUU